GAAGCGAGGCGGGCGUUAGGCGGAAAUACUAUUUACAAAUAGGAAGUGUGGCAGUGUGCCCGGGGAACGGCUGGUGGUGCCAUGGAGGCGUAUGAGCAGGUCCAGAAGGGUCCCCUGAAGCUGAAGGGCGUCGCGGAAGUCGGCGUGACUAAGCGGAAGAAGAAGAAGGACAGAGACAAGGCUCAGCUGCUGGAGGCCAUGGGGACCAGCAAGAAAAUCGAGGAGGAGAAGAGGCGCUGCCUGGACAAGCGCACGCCGGCGCAGGCAGCCUUCGAGAAGAUGCAGGAGAAGCGGCAAAUGGAGAGAAUUCUGAAGAAGGCGUCUAAAACCCACAAGCAGAGAGUGGAGGACUUCAAUCGGCACCUGGACACGCUCACGGAGCACUACGACAUCCCCAAAGUCAGCUGGACCAAGUAGUGGAGUGGGGCUCAGGCUGGCCUCAUUUUCUGGAAAGUUCUACACUUGUCCUGUGCAUCAGCUGAGAUCAGGCUUUCUGAAACUGUGCCGCUUCUGGGCCGUGAUUAAAGUCAGCUGUCCUUUCUCUGGGUCUUGGUUUCUGGGAGAGGGACGCCCCCUUCAGUGUGGGGCUGCAAAGUUGUGCUUUUACCCAGAGGCUAAGGCUGCUUCUGGUGUGGGGAGCGUUGUGUCACGUUGUGUCUGUCUGUCUUGCGCCCCCCCCCCCACACCACAGUUGCCUCCUAGGUUUGGAGGCCAGCAUCUGUCUCUACCUGCUCCAUGUGUUGAACUCCAGGAUAGGCAGCCUCUGCCAGUAGAUCUCCACUAUACUACCAUGGGAGGCUUGGACCCAAGGUGGCACUUUAUCUGGGCCACCAGGCCUUUAGACCACGAAGUCCACAUAGUGGAAUAGCCACCUUAGGCAAGGAUGGACACAGCAUACAGCCUGUCCCUCAGCUUGUCCACCUGUUGCUACCACAGCAGACACUGCUAGCCAAUCCCAGUUCUCAGUGAUGGCACAGUGAGCCUUGCAGCCCUCAGCUUGGAGUUCUAAGUGGAUGUUUGAAUUUUAUGGGACCUGUUUUGGCAUUCCUGGCCUGAGUGCAUCACACACCAGACAUGCCCAGCACAGUGCCGAUGCGGACAUUGGAACUAUGAGAUGGGAGUGUCCUAGUGCCCACGCUGCAGAGCUGCAGCCGCUACCAAGUGGACCAUUGAGAAUCACGUUGUGUGCUGCUGGGAGAAGCAGCUUCGGUUGUCAUGGAUACUGAAAGAUACAUAGGAAGCACUGAGGUGUAGAGAAUAAAGCAAGUGCCAGUUGUGAAA